UGGCAGACGAGUGUUGUGAUGUGUAACCUCCCUCUUAAGUCCCUCCCCUGAUUGUUUGUACCCUUUUCACUGAAAUACUUCCGCCUUCUCUUGCUGUCAUUUAUAUUCGCUCUUAUCUCCCGUCUGAACUUGUUCUUGGUGGGUUGACUGCUCGGGAAACUAUUGUUCAAAUUAUACACGCAGGAAGGAAACUUAACUUCCAGGACAGCCUGGCUGAUACAGCAGACAUCAUCAGAUACCAAUUGUUAAAGCUAAUGUUCUAAUGCAGUUUACAUUGGACUCAGCAUAAUUUUCUUUUGCUCCACCUUCCUUGUCAUCCAGUCCCUCAAAGCAUCGAUCCUUCUCACCAUGUCCAACCAGCCCACUCAGAACCAGCAUGAAGCGACCUACCUGUCUCUGAUGAGAGGCCUGAGAGAGCUGGACCUCCGGGGCCCCGCUGUUCCCAGUGACCUGGUUCUGAUUGGAGACCAUGCCUUUCCUUUGGCAAUGAACAGCCAAGGCCAGGUCCUGAUGGCUGCCUCUCUGUACGGCAGUGGAAGGAUUGUGGUCCUGGGUCAUGAGGCCUACCUGACCGCCUUUCCUGCUCUGGUAGAGAACGCUCUGACCUGGCUGCGAGGAGAUGGAUCUGACAACUUGUCUGUUGGCGUCCACAACAACGUCAGGGCAGUUGCUGAUAACCUCAGUAGAUCCAGCUUCAAAGCUGAAGUUGUGGGGGCCUUUAGUAAAAAUCUGGGGGUGGGAGUGUAUGUGACUGAUGCCUACAGCGUGGGUGCACAUGUGGAUCUGGUGGCGUUUAUGAAAGCUGGAGGAGGAGUGCUGAUAGCGGGGCAGGCGUGGAGCUGGGCUGGAGCUCAUCCCAAGGAGAACACGCUGCUUCUGUUUGAUGGAAACAAGGUUUCUGGUGUGGCAGGGAUCUACUUUUCUGACCGUCAUGGUGAGGUAGAGUACCUGCCUGUCUACCCACAGAUCCCUUCAUCCUGGAUGUCUGUAGUAAUCGGUAAGGAUUUUGAGGAUGACUUGGAGUUCUUACUCCAGGGGAUCUCAAACUUUGAUCUCAAGGAUGCACCCGUUUCUGAGAUUCUGAUCCAUGGCCCGCUAGCCUUCCCAAUUGCUAUCACCAAGUGUGGACAAGCGUUCGUGGCAGGAGCCUACUAUGGGCAGGGACGGGUUAUUGUGAUCACACAUGAAGGACUUUUCAAUUGGGAGACGCUGGCUCCAUUUUGCAUCAAUGCUAUUCACUGGUUGGAUGAAGGCCGGCAGGGGGUUGUUGGUUUAGAGCCAGGCUUUGAACAAGCCAGGGAACACUUUAGCAAGUCAGGGUUAAAGUGUGAGUCAACAUACUUCAGGGAAGACCUGAGUGUGUUUGUGUGCUCAUUGUAUAAUGAUGGUCUAGCAGAGAAAAUCCAAGAAUUUGUAGCAGAAGGAGGAGGCCUGCUGAUUGGUGGACACUGCUGGCACUGGGCACAGACACACCCUGGGCAAAACCCAUUAACUGAUUUUGCAGGGAACAAGAUCCUGAACAAAAUGGGCUUGAGUGUGUUGGGCAACGUCAUUUGGGGAGGUGUCCAUGAGGCCCCUGAGCCCAGCCGGGCCAUCAAAGACACCUACCACUUCCGCCACCUUCUGAACCGCUUUGCUAGUCAUGUAGCCCAGGGGCAGGAACUUACACAGCAUGAGGAGGAAUGCCUUAAAAAACUGGGUUCGGACUGUGCCACCUACUUGCACAUGGAGGCUCAUGACUGCACCUCCUACACACAGGUGGUGUCCACCAUCACUGACCUCAUAAAGAAGUCGGACAUUCCACAGGUGUGUGGCAGCUGCCCUGUGACGACUCCCAAAGACCACCUGCUCCUCAGUGUGGCAGCAGAGGUCUACAAGGUCUGCCCAGAUCCCGAUGCCCUCCUGCCCUCUCUCAUCAAGAAUAACCCCUUGUUGCCAGUUGUCUACAACUACAGAAUCAAGAUUAAUACAAAAACAGGAGGAGGGGAAGAGUGGAUCAGUACAGGCCUCUACCUCUCUCCUGGUAUGAAGACCUACAUAUCCCUACCAGAAGAGAUUGUCAACAAGGACUGGAAGAUCCAGAUCGGCUGUCAAACAGACCAUCUCUGCCAUGAGGUGUUGCUGAGAGCACCGCAUGUUCAUGAGCAAUUUCCUGUGACCUCAAACAUGAUGCAGGUGUGGAACCUGUGGGGGGGACUCAUCUACCUGGUAUCCCCACCCAACACACAAGUGGAGGGCCUAGAGGUCACAGUGCAGAUGGCUGUACCUGCACCAUAUUAUAAAUCUGGUGUGACAACAGCAGCCCAGUGGUCGCUGCUGCGUACAGCUCCUUCUCCCUGGGCUGAGUUGGAGUUUGACAACAUCAUCCUCACUGUGCCGUCAAAAGCUAUUCGGAACCUGGACCGCCCUGAUGAGUUGGCGACACUUUGGAAUGACAUCAUGAGGGGCAUAGCUGACCUGGCUGUCAUACCACACAAAUUUGCCCGCAAAGAGCGCUUUGUAGCAGAUGUGCAGAUUUCACAUGGUUGGAUGCAUGCAGGUUAUCCUGUCAUGAUACACGAGACAGCAGCAGAUGAACUGAUCAACGUUAAGAAUGCAAGGACUAAUGGCAUUUGGGGCCCGAUCCAUGAGCUGGGACACAACCAGCAGAGAUGCUGUUGGGAGUUCCCACCAAACACUACAGAGUGUACAUGCAACCUGUGGGCAUUGUAUGUGCAUGAAGAAGUGCUGGGAGUCAGCAGGACACAGGCUCAAGGCAUUUCUAAAGAAAGUCGCCACAAGCUAGCAAAGGACUUUGUCGACGGGGGCAGGAACCUUGACAGUUGGACCUUCUUUGUGGCCCUGGAGACAUAUAUGCAGCUCCAGGAGAAGUUUGGCUGGGAUGCCUUUAAGAAGGUGUUUGCUGCCUACCACAAGAUGAGCGACUUUCCCCAUGACAACAAAGGAAAGAUGAACCUGUACGCUGAGACUUUCUCCCAGAUUGUGAAGAUGAACCUGGCAGGAUUCUUUAAGGCCUGGAGUUGGCCCAUCGAAACUGCCACUGAGGAGAAACUCUCCAACCUGCCGCCCUGGAGUGACCACCCCAUGACCCAGUUUGACUGAACUGCACACCGCUGCUGCUGCUUACAAGUGUAGAGAGAGAUGUGGUUCAGGGGUAAUUCAAUUAACUGACUUUCUUUUCCUUUUGUAUUCCUUUCUUUUUAAUUAGAUUUAUUGAGAUGGUAAAAAAAGAAAGAAAAAAUACCAGAGGAUUUUGGUUCAAUGUGAUAAUUAAACUAAUACUCUCAGGCUGAGCAGCCACUGUACAGAUUCAGCCAAGUUAGUAAAUCACACUAAUAUGAACUGUUAAUGGACAAUAACGACUAGGAGUAAAUAUUUAGUGUAUGUUUGUGUGAGCGGCUGAUUUGUUUAGUAUAAUUUAACAUAACAUGCACAGUGUCUGCCUAGAUAAAGGGAAAUAAUUAUUGAUAACGAGAAAGUUGGUUAUAUACUGUAAAUUAGCCACGCAUCUUUUGAAUUCAGUGCAUUCAUUUUGAAAUGUUUUUUUUCACUCUUCCAAUGAAUAUGAUACUUCAGAGGGUGGAAUACAGAAAUUCAGUGCCAGCCAAAGCCUUUUGGGGCCCCUAAGCAGAAUUUUAUUUGGGGCCCCCCUUGGCAGGUAUAUUGAUCAUGAAAUCAGAAUAAUCUUGUCUUGAAUUGUUUGUUCAUUCAUUCAUUCAUUCAUUUAU